AUGGGAGAGCCACUAUCAAACGGUGCACCGGCUGCUAAGCCGGUCUUGUUCUUUGACAUCGACAACUGCCUCUACUCUCGCAGCCACAAGAUUCACCAUCUCAUGGCCGACCUCAUUGAUCAGUACUUCAUCACACAUCUGUCCCUGCCCGCCGAAGAGGCCAAAAGAUUGACGCAUGAAUACUACACAAAGUAUGGUCUCGCCAUAGAAGGCCUGGUCCGACACCAUCAGAUGGACCCCCUUGACUUUAAUUCCAAGGUGGAUGAUGCCCUGCCUCUCGAGGAUAUUCUCAAGCCAGACACGGAGCUCCGGGCGCUUUUGGAGGACAUUGAUAGGGACAAGGUCAGACUUUGGCUCUUCACAAACGCCUACGUCAAUCACGGGAAGCGCGUUGUGAGGCUUUUGGGCAUCGAUGACCUCUUUGAGGGUCUAACCUACUGCGACUACGCUCAAGUGCCAUUUCUCUGCAAACCUGCAAAGGACAAGUUUCGGAAGGCCAUGCGCGAAGCGGGCAUUGAUGAUCCAAACAAAUGUUAUUUUGUAGAUGACUCAUACGCCAAUUGCAAGAGCGCGGAAGAGCUUGGCUGGACAGCAGCCCACUUGGUUGAAGAAGACCUACCAGUUCCCGAAACCAAAGCAUCAACUUACCAGAUUCGUCAUUUGAAAGAAUUGCGAAAUGCCUACCCGCAAUUCUUCAAGUCCACAAGCAAGAAAGCCGACCCGGCGAUUUGA